UUCGCAUUUGUAUGUAUCUAAUCUAGCCGACCCGGUAAGAGCCUUGUCCUUAACUCUAAUUUCACUAUACUGAUGACUGCGCCAACAUAAAUACCUGAGCCCCGCAUGGUGGUGGUGCCCGAAAUGCCCUCUAUCUCUUUUUGUCUCCGACGCUCAUCCCAUGGACAGUGAUAGUCUCCCGGUCUAUGGCUUGGCCGUCGCAGUGGUCCUUCUGCUCAUAUUCAUCUACGAUCGCUGCAGAUUUUCUGAGCUGAAUUCUAUUCCUGCGCUCGGUCCGUCAGGGGCGUUGUCUUCAUGGUUUGGCGCGGUUCGUUUCAUAUUAGAUGCUCCGGCUAUGGUGCAAGAAGGCUAUCAGAAGCACAAAGGUGGAAUGUUCAGAGUGCCAUUGAUUGAUAGAUGGGUAGUGGUGCUGACCGGACCACGGUUAAUAGAGGAGUUGAGGAAGGUACCGGAAGAUGAGCUUUCUUUCGAUCACGCUAUGAGAGACCUUCUUCAAGUCAAAUAUACAUUUGGCAUUGAUGCGCAAGAAUAUCCAUAUCACGUCCAUGUUACUCGCAACCAUCUCUCCCGAAACCUUCAGGUCCUCUUCCCUGAUGUUUACGACGAGAUCACCCACGUAUUCCGCACGAUCAUGCCAUCAGACCAGGGUGGUUGGGCUAAAGUUCGCUUGUAUCCGGAGAUCGUGAAGGCUAUGUGUCGCGUAAGCAAUCGCAUCUUUGUUGGACUUCCGCUUUCUCGGUCACCCGAAUUUGAAGCCCUGCAACAGCAAUUCGCUUUACAAGUGGUGAUGCGUGCAAGUAUCGUGAACUUUUUUCCAAAAUUUGCACAUCCGAUCAUUGGUCGAUUAUUGACAAACACGCCUAGUAGCAUUAGGAGAUGUAUGGCACUUCUUGAGCCUAUUGUGGAAGAACGACUGCGGAACAUAGAACAAUCCAGGGAUGACUGCAGCGACAAACCGAACGACAUGAUUAGCUGGCUCAUUGAGGUAUCCGACAAGGAGCACCGAACUCUUCGGAGUAUAUGCUUGAGGAUUUUGGUCCUCAAUUUCGCUGCAUUGCAUACAACAGCUCAGAGCUUCACUCACGCUCUCUUUUUCCUUGCUGCAUACCCUCAGUAUUCCACACCCCUUCGAGAGGAAGUUUCAGCUGUCAUUGAUCAGGAAGGAUGGACGAAGAAUGCGAUGACAAAACUCGAGAAGAUGGACAGCUUUCUCAAGGAAUCUCAACGACUGAGAAGCACCACUCUCUUUCCUAUAAUGCGCAAAGCAAUGCGGCCAUUCGUAUUCUCGAAUGGUACUGUAAUACCCAGCGGAACUCACGUCGUUGCUGCCUCAUCACCUAUGCAUCUUGAUGACGAAUACUUCGAAAGCGCAUCGGAGUUUCGACCCUUCCGGUUUUCACAGCGCGAGGACGAUGAAGGAAUUAAAGACCCACAAUGCCUGCUAGCUUCCACCAGUUCAAAUUAUAUCCCUUUUGGGUAUGGAACUCGUGCCUGCCCCGGUCGCUUCUUUGCUUCUAGUGUGAUGAAGGCCAUGAUGGCUUAUCUUGUACUAAAUUAUGACAUUAGCUUGGAGAAAGAAGGCGAACGUCCCCCAGAUGAAUGGUUCAUGAUGAAUUGCUCUCCCAACCGUAAGGCAGAGGUUAUGUUUAGACGCCGACGGUCCACAUGAUACUUGGUUUCGCAUACAUACUAGCGGGAUACCCAGAUAAUGGCCAUAUUGUUUAAUUACUUCAUUAUUUCCAGCACUAGCACAUCGAAUAAAUACACGUGAAGAACUAUCUCUUGGAUUGGUUGCGC